AUGCCAAAUAAACGUCCGCGUUUAUCAAACAAUAGUAAUGCUCACGCUCUAUCAUUCUGUCACAUCUGUAAAAGGAAAAACCAUUCUGCCGAUGAAUGUCGUUUCAAACCAACGGCAUUAAAUCAGGAACAAUAUAGUAAAAGAGGUGAAAGUAAUAGUAAACCUACCUGCACAUUUUGUCAAAAAUUAGGACAUACUUACGACCAAUGUUUUAAGCGUGAUCGUUCUUUGACAUCAAAUAUAAAUCACAUCGAAGGUACAAAACUCGCCCCUUUAACUAUCAGGAUAGGAGUAAAAACUUUACGGGCAGUGUUUGACAGUGGUGCAGAAUGUUCAGUUAUACGGGAAUCUGUAGCCGCUGCUCUGCCUGGACAAAGAGUUCAAACGGCUAACUACUUGAGAGGUAUUGGACGAUUUCCCGUAUUAUCACUCACGAGUUUACUGACUAUAUGUGUCAUAGAUGAUAUCAGCGUAGAGAUUCAGUUUUAUGUUCUCGCUGACUGUGAGAUGUCGACGGACAUUCUGGUUGGCAUGAAUUUGAUUAAAGGCACAAACUUGAGUGUUAUAGUAACGUCUAGCAAAACAAAAUUAGUGCACCAAGGACUUAUCAAUCAUAUCACUACAAAUAGUCCAAUAUUUGGAAAACUAGACUGUGAUCUUUCCGACCCUGAAGAGAUCAAACAACUUCGCAUACUCCUCAAUAAGUAUGAACACUUAUUUAUUCGAGGAUACCCUAAAACCCGAGUUAACACAGGUAUGUUGGAAAUCAGAUUAAAGAAUCCGGAAAUACGUAGAACGAAGACCAUACCGCCUCAGUCCAGUGGAGAGAGAAAAGUUAAAAAGAAGAAUGGAGAUGACCGCCUUUGUGUAGACUUCCGCGAGUUAAAUGCUAAUACCUUGCGGGACCAUUACCCACUUCCACUCAUCUCCGACCAAAUCGAUCAACUGGCCAAUGGACUCUACUUCACCACAUUUGAUAUGGCGGCAGGUUUCCAUCAAAUACCUAAUUCGGAGAGUUCCAUAGAGAAGACUGCAUUCGUUACGCCUGAUGGAUUAUACGAAUACCUUACUAUGCCAUUCGGUUUAUCCAACGCGUGUGCAGUAUACCAAAGAUGUAUUAAUAGAGCAUUGUUUUCGUUACUGGGCAGUGCUGCUCAAGUUUACGUCGACGAUGUCUUGAGCAAAAGUGCUGAUUUUACUCAAGGACUAAUAAACAUUGAACGCAUUCUCAUAGCAUUACAUAAGGCUGGGUUUUCUAUCAAUGCGGAUAAGUGCAGCUUCUUCAAACGCUCAAUAGAAUAUUUGGGUAACGUUGUUUCAAAUGGUCAAAUCCGUCCAAGUCCAAAGAAAGUUGAAGCUCUAGUCAAGGCACCAGUACCGAAUACUGCUAAAAAGGUAAGACAGUUCAAUGGUUUAGCUGGAUAUUUUCGGAAAUUCAUCCCCGAUUUUUCCCGUAUAAUGAUGCCCUUGUAUGAGUUGACUAAACAAGGUGCUAAAUGGGAGUGGAAUGAUCGACACGAAGAAGCACGUAAUAAGAUAAUCCAAUGUCUGACAUCAUCUCCUGUGUUAACAAUAUUUCAAGAAGAAGCACCCAUAGAAUUAUACACGGAUGCAAGUAGCUUGGGAUUCGGUGCCGUUCUAGUACAAAUUAUCAACAAACGUCAACAUGCAAUCGCCUUCAUGAGUAUGAGAACUACUGAUACUGAAAGCAGAUAUCACUCGUACGAACUAGAGACCUUGGCGGUAGUGCGUGCAAUAAAACAUUUUCGGCAGUAUCUGUAUGGACGGAAAUUCAAAAUUAUAACCGAUUGCAAUGCCUUAAAGGCAUCUAAGCACAAAAAGGAUCUCCUUCCAAGAAUUCAUCGGUGGUGGGCGUUUUUACAGAACUAUGAUUUUGAAGUAGAAUACCGCAAAGGAAAUCGCCUGCAACACGCCGACUUCUUUAGCAGAAAUCCAAGUAGUUGUAAGGUUAAUAUAAUGACAAGAGACUUGGAUUGGUUGAAGGUGGAACAACGCAGAGAUGAGACAUUGCGUCGCCUGAUGGACAGCUUCAACAACGGAAAUCCAGUAGAUGAGAGAUCGCUUAAACACCCUGGAUGGGAAAAGACUCUACAUAAGAUCAAAGAAUCUUACUGGUUUGACAAAAUGAGUACCCUGGUGCGCAGGUUUGUGGACAACUGUAUCGUGUGUAGAACAUCAAAAGGAACAUCGGGCGCUGUACAAGCUCAACUACAUCCAAUCCAAAAGCCAACUACAGCCUUUCAAGUGAUACAUAUGGAUAUCACUGGCAAGCUCUGUACUACAGAUGCCCAGCAAUAUGUCGUAGUAACUAUCGAUGCUUUCUCAAAAUAUGUGCUGUUUUAUUAUGCUACCGAUAAGAGUCCGCACAGCACAUUAGCUGCACUAAAACGUACUAUACACCUAUUUGGAACACCACUUCAAAUAAUUGUGGAUGGAGGCAGAGAAUUCUUGGGGGAAUUCAAGACUUAUUGCCAACAGCUAGGAAUAGACAUCCAUGAUAUAUCACCAGGAAUCAGCCGAGCUAACGGACAAGUUGAGCGAAUAAUAGCAACGCUUAAGAACGCAUUAAUAAUGAUAAAAAAUUAUGAAACGGAACAAUGA